CCAACACCCACACAUGCAUUCUCAACAUAAAAACAUAGACAAAAACAUAACCAAAAUGGAUGUUUUAUUAUCCUUAAACUCACCAAACCUUAUCAACAUUUCAAAACCAUAUCAAUAUCAUAAUCUUCCAACACUCUCAAAUAAACAACAAAUUAGACAACCUCGUACUCAGUUUUCUAUUUCAUGCAGAGCCACAAACACAAAAAAUGUUCCAAUUCAUGAAGUUAAUGAUGAUGAUGAUGGAAAUUUCUACAAGGUACUAUGUUUGAGUCCAAAAAGUGCAACAAUGGAUGACAUAAAAAGAGCAUAUAGAACAAUGGCUCUUCAAUAUCAUCCUGAUUUGUGUCACGAUCGUUUGAAGAACGAGGAAUCAACGCGGAUGUUUGUACAAGUGAAUGCAGCUUAUAAGACUCUGUCAAAUCCAGAGCUAAAAGCAGAGUAUGAUUAUGAAAUUGGUUUGGGUUUGAGAAGAAGUAGGUGGAUGGAACAAGUGAUUGAGUUGAAAAGAAGGUCUCAUAAUGAAGGAUCAUGGGGUAGUAGAAUGAGAGCCAUGAACAAUAUCAACAAAGACGAUGAUCAUUGAUCCUUGUGGAACAAUUCUUUUCCGGACUUUACUUACCUCACGACUCAAUUCUGGAUUACCGGACCCCUUUCGCCCUCGGAAAUCAGAGUGUUAAUACCAAAGAAGAAAUAGCUAGUUUUUUUAGCUUUGUCUCCAUGUGAUUAUGUUGUUGUAUUAUUUCACAUAAUUACCAUUACAUUCAUUCUUGUAUUGAUCUAAAAAAGAAUAUUUUUGUUUACCAGCAAAAAAUUAAUCUCUUUGUCAAAAUGAAAAUUAUUGAAUUAAUCAACUUUAUUUUAGGACUA